AUGGAAGAGACUCGAAAAAGUUUACCAAUUUAUGCAUACAGGGAUCAAUUUCUUGCAGCUCUAGCAGAAUACCAAAUCCUUAUCAUUGUCGGAGAGACAGGUAGUGGUAAAACUACCCAGCUACCUCAAUACUUGCAUGAAUCUGGCUACACAAAAGGUGGGCAGAAAGUUGGAUGUACUCAACCUCGUCGAGUAGCUGCCAUGAGUGUUUGUGCUCGUGUAGCUGAUGAGAUGGGGGUUAAAGUUGGUAAUGAAGUCGGAUACUCCAUCCGUUUUGAAGAUUCUACGAGUGAUAAGACGGUCUUGAAGUAUAUGACCGAUGGUAUGUUGCUGCGCGAAUUUAUGACAGAACCAGAUUUGGGAGGUUACUCGGCACUAAUGAUAGACGAAGCUCACGAGCGAACUGUCCACACAGACAUUUUGCUAGCUCUGGUCAAGGAUCUUGCUAGGGAACGCCCUGAGAUGAAACUCCUUAUCUCUUCUGCCACUAUGAACGCCACUAAAUUUGCAGAAUAUUUUGAUGACGCUCCGAUUUUUAAUAUACCAGGCCGAAGAUAUCCUGUUGAUGUUCACUACACUCCUCAGCCAGAAGCAAAUUACCUCGCUGCAGCAAUAACUACUAUAUUUCAAAUACAUACUACUCAAGGUAAGGGCGAUAUUCUUGUUUUCUUGACGGGGCAGGAUGAGAUUGAAGCUGCCGAACAGAACAUUACUGAUAUCUCUCGGAAACUUGGAAGUCGUGUCCCUGAACUUGUCAUCUGCCCAAUAUAUGCAAACUUACCCUCUGAGCUUCAAAGUAAAAUCUUUGAACCAACCCCUGAAGGCGCUCGAAAAGUAGUCCUAGCUACCAAUAUUGCGGAGACCAGUUUAACUAUUGAUGGUAUUGUGUACGUUAUUGAUCCUGGAUUUGUCAAAGAAAAUGUUUAUAACCCAGCUACUGGAAUGUCAAAAUUAGUGGCAGUUCCUUGUUCUCGUGCAUCUGCAAAUCAAAGAAGUGGACGUGCAGGGCGUGUUGGGCCCGGUAAAUGUUUCAGGUUGUACACAAAGUGGGCUUUUAUGAAUGAAAUGGAAGAAAGCACUACACCAGAAAUACAGAGAACAAACAUAAACAGCGUUGUCUUGCUUUUGAAAUCUCUUGGUAUUAAUGACCUGCUAGAGUUUGAGUUCAUGGAUCCACCACCAACUGAAACAUUAAUUGGUGCAUUAAACCAACUAUUCGCUUUACAAGCAUUGAACCAUAAAGGUGAACUGACUAAGCUUGGAAGACAAAUGGCAGAAUUCCCCACAGAUCCUAUGUUGGCGAAAUCAAUACUAGCUGCUGAUAAACUUGGCUGCGUAGAAGAAAUUCUUUCAAUUGUAUCAAUGUUGAGUGAAGCUUCAGCACUAUUUUUCCGACCAAAAGACAAGAAAAUACAUGCCGACAGCGCCCGUGCACGUUUCACAGUUAAAGAUGGAGGUGAUCACCUCACCCUACUAAAUAUCUGGAGUCAAUGGGUAGACUCAGAUUUUAGCUUUGUCUGGGCUAAAGAAAACUUCCUGCAGCAGAGGUCACUUACAAGAGCAAGAGAUGUCCGUGAUCAACUGGCGAAACUCUGUGAGCGAGUUGAGGUAACGAUGUCAACGUGCGGUGCAGCUAAUGUAAUACCGAUACAAAAGGCUGUCACUGCAGGCUUCUUCUCGAACGCGGCGUGGCUCCAGAGGGGGGGAGAUAGUUACCGCACUGUGAAGAAUAAUACAACCGUUUAUAUACACCCGUCCUCUGUAUUGAUGAAUUCCAACCCUCCCAUAAAGAUGGUCAUCUACUAUGAGCUUGUUCAGACUACAAAAGAGUAUAUGCGGAGUUGUCUACCUAUCAAAUCAGAAUGGCUUCAUGAGGCUGCGCCUCAUUUUCACAAGAAAAAAGACUUGGAAGCACUCGGAGAGAGAAAAAUGCCAAAAAGCAGGAUAUAG